UUCAAUAUGCCGCUAUCAGCUGAUUGUGACAUUUAUAGUUAAUAAACAAUUUUGCAAUUAGGAUUCAACUAAAUAUAAAGAUGUCAACAAAUGGUAAUUAUUAAUGAGGUGCACCCGUUAUGAAAAGGCUGAAAUUAGAAUCAAAAUCGACCGCGAACGGCAAAGUGAAAGAAGAACAGGACGAAUAUGAACUUGAACCGUCCGCCUUUAAUCCAAAAUACCGCGUUUGUCCAUACCUGGAUACAAUCAAUCGGCACUUAUUGGAUUUUGAUUUCGAGAAACUCUGUUCCAUCUCACUAACGCGCAUAAACGUUUACGCGUGUCUAGUGUGCGGUAAAUAUUUUCAAGGACGUGGCACCAACACACACGCUUAUACGCAUUCUGUAUCGGAAGCACAUCACGUUUUUCUAAAUCUACAAACGUUACGCUUCUAUUGCCUGCCAUUUUUUUAUGAAAUUAUCGACUCUUCAUUAGACGAUAUCAAAUAUGUGCUGAAUCCCACAUUUGAACCUAAAGAGAUAAGACAACUAGAUCGCUCCGAACCGAAAUAUUCUCGAACAGUGGACGGCACUUUAUAUCUACCCGGUGUUGUGGGUUUGAACAACAUAAAAGCUAACGAUUAUUGUAACGUUGUGCUGCAUGCAUUAUCACAUGUAGGACCACUGCGUGAUUACUUCCUACGUGAGCAGAAUUAUGCGAAAAUAAAACGACCACCAGGUGAUUCCAUCUUUAACUUGGUACAACGUUUCGGUGAACUUAUGCGUAAAAUGUGGAAUCCACGUAAUUUUAAAGCGCACGUCUCACCGCACGAAAUGCUACAAGCUGUAGUGUUGUGGUCAAACAAACGUUUUCAAAUCACUGAACAAGGCGAUCCUAUCGAUUUUCUGUCAUGGUUCCUGCAUACGCUGCAUCGUGCUAUGAAGGGUAAUAAGAAACCCGAUUCGUCUAUUAUUUAUAAAAUCUUUUUAGGGGAAAUGAAAAUUUAUACACGCAAAAUACCACCUGUAGAACUGGAUGAUACGCAAAAAUCAUUACUUUUGGCCACAGAAGAAUACCAGGAAAAAUGUGAGGAAUCAAAUUUUCUAUAUUUAACUUGUGAUCUACCCCCACCGCCGCUUUUCACCGAUGAAUUUCGGGAGAAUAUUAUACCGCAAGUCAAUCUUUAUCAAUUGCUGGCGAAAUUCAACGGCUCUACAGAGAAAGAAUACAAUACGUAUAAGGAUAACUUUUUGAAACGUUUCGAAAUCACGCGUUUGCCCCAGUAUAUCAUAUUGUAUAUUAAACGCUUCACAAAAAAUACCUUCUUCCUGGAGAAGAACCCAACAAUUGUUAAUUUCCCUAUCAAAAACGUUGAUUUUGGCGAUAUACUUUCGAUGAAAAACAAGGAACAGCUCAAAAAUACAAAAUAUAAUUUGGUAGCGAAUAUUGUACAUGAUGGUGAGCCGAAGAAAGGAACAUAUCGAGCGCAUAUUUUGCAUAAAGCUAACGGUCAGUGGUAUGAGAUGCAAGAUUUGCACGUUACGGAAAUUUUGCCACAGAUGAUCACACUCACAGAGUCGUACAUACAAAUUUAUGAGCGCAAUAACGAAUGAUAAAUACCCUCAUUUGCAUUUCAAUUGAUUCUACUUAGUUAAGUAUGCAUUAAAUUAAAGUUUUUUUAAUUAAGAAAUUUAAA